AUGCUUGAUGCCCGCCUUGCUAUUUACAUUUGCGUCGAUGAGAUCGCCACUUCAGAUCGUCCGCCCACCUACCCUGUUGGUCUGCACUCCGAUGUUGUAUCCGUCAUGGACGCUUGUUUCAUGCGAGACCAGGCACGCCGGCCCAGUGUUCAAGUCCUCCUAACUUUCCCGGCGUUUGUCCGCUUCACCACCCCACCAUCUCAACAGCCCGUAACUACCGCCUCUUCCGCCCCCUUCACAGCCACCACCGCCACCGUCCCUUCUUCCUCAACCGUUCGCUAUCCCCUCGAUCAAGCCAGCCCUGUAUCGGCAGCCUUGAACCGUUCCGUUAGAAGGACGGCUAGCCAUCAAGAGGGUAGUCCGGAUGCCCGGCUGGUGAGUGUUUCGAGUCAUAGCCAAUUGGAUCGGACCCAACACUCAGCGCAGAGUCAGCUACCACUGCGCCAGCCUCAGCACCAACAGCUUCAUCCUCUCCAUAACCAGUAUCAACAGCUGCAAAUUCAGCAGGGAAUUUCGGCACAGGAAUCCAGUCGGCUGUCGGGCGCCGCCGACCGCCACCACAGGCCAGCAAAGGAGCAUUUGACGUCUGUGGAAGGCGUCUUUAUGCCACACAUCUCCAGUCUGCCUACGAUUUCGGUCGCCAGCCCGACCCUAUCUGCCCCUUCUGUCUCCCCGACCGGUCCUGAGUGGGCCGCCAGGAGGCAAGCAGUUGGCCACUUGAGUCAGCACCCAGUUCACAACCAGCCUAAUUACGGCCUCGGCCGCUACCAGCAGGCGGCGGUACUGACCUCAGGGACAGCCGACCUAUGUUCAUCGAGCUCAGCCAUCGUUCGACCGAGUCCUGCCCAAUCGCUGGCGGACCAAUCCAAUUUGCCUGUUCAGGUGCAGACUCAGGCCAUUAACUUCCAGGCCCACCAACAAGGGCAUGCCCAUCUGUACCCAUUGUUACGGUUGCAACACACCCAUCAUCUCAUGCAUACCCAACUCCACCCAGCAGCACCUAGCACACAGCAUCCUGAGCAGCCAAUUUGUCAAUUGAAGUUGAACUCCACUCGACACCACCAGUUCAAUCUCAAACAGCGACUGGGGCACCAACCUCAAAUACACCCACCACAGCCCCCAGCUCACCAACACUCGCAGAUGCCUAAGAAGCUACAAAAUGUGCACCAGCAGCCUCUGUCGAGCAACCAACAUCAGCAACUCCAGUACCAACAGCAGUAUUCCAAACCAGAACAUUUUCCUUAUUUUAGGCGGCUGAAAGCAUUGUCUCAUGAAACCGAUAUCUCUGCCGCAGCACCUAUCUCGGGCACUAACCGAUACUUGAAUCGCGAAUAUCCUCCACGUGAUUAA